GGAGGGGAAUGGCCGCGCAUGCGCAGUGGCGACGCUCAGCGGCCGCGGCGAUGGCUGCGCAGUGACGGUUGGACCUAACGGUUGCUAUUGACAUUGGGGCCGGGCGGGAGCGCGCGCGCGCGUGCGGCGGGAAGUGCUAGAGAGGGGGGGGGGGCGGUAGGAGAGCCCUCGAGAGCGCGCCUCCGCCGCCGGUUCCGCGGUCAUGAGGCCGCGCUGAAAGUCGGGUGGGAGGCCCCGCGUCCUCCCCUUCCUUCCUGCCUUCCUUCCCUUUCCCGCCGGGCCCUCCACCAGAGCCGGGCCUGCCGCGCAUGUAGGCCUCCCGUCGGCCUGAGGCCUGCAAGGCCGCGAUGGAGUAGCAGCUUGGGCCUCCCUCGGCCGCUCGGAGCAGAAGCGGGCAGGCCGGGGGCCGGAGCAGGCGCAGGCCCUGGCGGUGAGGGCGCCUGGACGCGGGGGGGCCCGGGCCGCCGCCGCCUCCUCCUCGGCCGCCUCCGCCUGGCCUGCCCUGCGCGCCGCGCUUUCGCCUCAGCCCAGCGCCGCCGGCCUCAGCGUCUGCGAUGAACCCGGUGAAUGCCACGGCCCUGUACAUCUCCGCCAGUCGCCUGGUGCUCAGCUACGGCCCCGGAGAGGACCCGCAGUGCCUGGCCGAGAUCGGCAAGCUCCUGCCCUACUUCCGGCAGUCGCUCUCCUGCUGCGUGUGCGGAAAUCUUCUACAAGAUCCAAUUGCACCUACCAACUCUACUUGUCAGCAUUAUGUCUGCAAGAAUUGUAAAGGCAAGAAGAUGAUGAUGAAGCCUUCAUGUAGUUGGUGCAAGGACUAUGAACAAUUUGAAGAAAAUAAACAGUUAAGCAUUCUAGUGAAUUGCUAUAAAAAACUUUGUGAGUAUAUAACACAAACACCAUUAGCCCGGGAUAUUAAGCAAGCUGUUGACACAUCUCCGGAUCUUUUGACUUUGCUUAAAGAUGGCUCCCCACUUGAUGAGGAUGCAGAAAAAACAUCUGAUGAACCUUCAGCAUUGUGUUUAACACGUUCCCCAUCUCCUCCAGCCUCAGAGCCUGAACCGCCAGCAAGUAGCUCUUCUGUAACUGAAAGCACACAAGACUCUGAUGUGAAAGACUCUGCUGUUAAUGGAUUGCCCAAUUGUAAUGGGCUAUCAGCAGAGAAAGUUGAAGCAAAUAUUCCUUCUCUUGAACAUUCAAAUACAGUCAGUGUGUGUAGUUCUGAACAGUACAUGAAAACUGAUGAUAUUUCUAGCAACCUUGAACCUGUCUGUGACAUAGUUUCUUCUAGUGACUUGUGUACAACAAGAAUUCACAGUUCGAGUGAAGAUGUCAAGUCUAGUGAUCCUCUUUUACUUAGUGUUGAAGAAGUGCUACAGAGCUUGGACUCUACCCCAACAGUCUGCAGUCCUUCUUUGCAGCACAAUGUGGAAACCAAUUUAUCCAAUGGUCCUGUUUUGCAGGCUCCUCCCCCACCUCCAAAUCAUAACUUGCUCAUGUCAAUGGGUUCUUCACCUCAUGGGAUUUCAUGUACAGCUGCAACACCUAAGGUAGUAAAAUUAAAUAGAAAACGAUCACGAUCAGAAAGUGACAGUGAAAGGGUUCAGCCCCUUCCUAUUUCCAGCAUCCUGUGUGGCCCAACAUUGGGCGCCUCAGCUCCUGUAAUGGUGAAACCAGAGGCAAAGAUGUCUUUGCAGCCUAUAGCAACUGUACCCAAUGGAGGCACUACACCUAAAAACAGCAAAACCGUGUUGUUAUCAAAUAAAAGCAUGAAAAAGAACCUAGAUCAUCCCACCAAGAAAUCUCAUUCUAAAUCCAAAUCAGGAAUGCUGAAAACAAAGUCAAAAGAAAAAAAUCCUAGUAGCCACGUUACUCCAGGAAGUCCAACAAAAACUGUGUAUAAAAAGACACAAGAAAAGAAAGGGUGUAAAUGUGGCCGAGCCACCCAAAAUCCAAGUGUUCUUACAUGUCGUGGCCAACGCUGCCCUUGCUACUCAAACCGAAAGGCCUGCUUAGACUGCAUAUGCCGUGGCUGCCAAAAUUCAUAUAUGGCUAAUGGGGAAAAGAAACUGGAGGCAUUUGCUGUGCCAGAAAAGGCCUUGGAACAGACGAGGCUUACUCUGGGCAUUAAUGUGACAAGCAUUGCUGUUCGCAAUGCCAGCACAAGUACCAGUGUAAUUAAUGUGACAGGGUCACCAGUAACUACAUUUUUAGCUGCCAGUACAAACGAUGAUAAGAACUUGGAUGAAGUGAUAGACAUCAGAUAUGACUGCUGAGUUUUUCUCCCCUCACCUUUUUUCCCUCCCUUUUUUAAACAUUCUCUCCUGCCUUUGGUAGGGGGGUUGCUACAAUUUUGAAGGCAGCUAUGGUUCUGUUUAACUUGCCGGAGCUCCUGCAAAUAGAUCACUUGUAUCAAGUGUUUUUCAUUGCUAUGUUGUGUGUUAGUGUCUGGGAAAUAGUUUGAUGGUAAUUACAGAGUUACCCUGAAACUGUCUUUAGUUCUUAAAGCACCUCAUAGUUUCAGAUCAAAUGCUAAUGUAAAUGAUUUUUUAAAUACAAAAUGACUUUUUUUUUGGCAAACACUGACCUUGUACCAGUUCGUGCUUUGUGCUCAAUCAGAGAUUGAUGAAAUAUACAGAAAUAGUAUCUAGUCAGUCCAUCUUAGUUCUGCUAAUUUAUAAUGUAGCCAUAUUUAUUGUCAGACUUGAAGAAAAAAAUACCACUUUGCUCAUGCCAGAAAUAUCAAAAAAUGUAAACAAUUAUCUUAUACCAUAUUACUUGUGGACAGCAAAAUUAAUAAUACCUUAAAUUUCUCACCAAAAAUGAAAAAUAUAAGUUUCCAACUAAUAUAAAAUGGUCAAACCAAGCACUACUUUCUCUUUAUGUCUCUUAGAUUUCUCAAGUAUUUUACCUUCUGUUUUGAAAAUAAUUGUCAGAGUUCUUUUGUGAUGAAGCAGCUUCUUGGGAUAUUUUAAAUAUAUAUACAUUUUCAAACGUUUAGACAAAAGCUUGCAGUUUAAAAGCCAGCAAUAUGUUUCACAAUGUGUCAUACUAUUAAUAUUGAUCUUAAACUUACUGCUCAAUUGGUUAUUAGAAUAAAUGUUGUAUAUUUUGAUGGUAGAUUGGUAGGCUACAAUAUCAUUCUCAUGCCAAAGUUACCAAGACAUUAUUUUGCUGUGUGCAUUAUAAUUUAGCUGUUUCAAAACCCUGCUGCUGUUCCAGGCUAGUAUCUUGUACUGCUCUUACUCUGGAGCAUGCUUUAACACAUAGUGAUGAGGCACAGCAGGGCUUUGGCUGAAUGAAGUGCUGCACUUCAGCCAUGGCUGGAAUAGCAACGGUAUACCAAAGAUGGAACUGAUGUGGUUGGUAUGCAGUUAUACUUGGAUCCCAGAAGGGCUGCUCCAUCUCUUCCCUAACAUUUAAGAUUUCAUCUGCCUCAUCACUGAUUUAAAUUGUGAGAAGACACAAACUCGAAACUGGAAAAUAUAGUUUAAAUCAACUCUUUGUUGAAAUGUCUGUCAAGUACUAAUAUUCCUAAUUUUGAAUAAAAGAUGCGACUGACUAGAAAAGACUGGGCUUAAUCCAACUAGCUUCUUGCAUCAGUAGAAUAGAUUCUGUCAGUAGAACAGGGAGGGCAAACCUCCUCUACAGCCCAUAAUGGUAUUUCACAAUCGUUUCCCAGUGGUUGGAAGAUCAUUUGGGACAUAUUUUGGGAAGCUGCCGAGGAUAAAGAGGAGAAGAAAUCCUGUUAUGUGAGCAUAGGUCAGCUAACAUAGCAUUGGAUUUGCCCUCCAUGUCCUAAUCUGAAUCAGUAGUUGUUUUGAGAUUAGUAAUGUCACAUUUUCUGAAAGUCAUUAUAUUUGCCAUCUAAUUGUUCACUAAGUGUCAUUUAUAGUAAAUUAUGACAUCAUACACUUUGGAUUUGGCACAAAGCAUGUACAAUGGUGGGUACUAGGUCUGAAAAGUAAACAAAAGGUUUUGGCACCAAUUCAAUGAUGUCUCCUUUUUGUUCUGUAGUGUACCAUGGUGUCAUUUUAUGUGAAUGUGGUCAAAUAGCGUUUUGUUGGCUUUCAGGUUUGUUUUUCCCCUGUCUUUCUGUGGGUAGGACAGGGUGGGGGGGGUUAAAGCCAUAGGAAGAAGAAUGUGAUGUAAGUGUUCAGUAUGUAUUUUUUUGUUUCUGUUUUGCAAGAAGAGUUGAAAAUAUUUUUGAUAAUGAGAGUAAAUGGUGGAAAAUGC